GGCAAAAUGUCGCUGUUCUGGGUUGUCAAGCUAUUUUCUCAUCGCAAUGUGCCGUUCUGGCGCAUAGUAUGUAUGAAACUCUUCAGAUUGUCGUGUGCGUUGUAUUUUAUUUUAGACAAGACUUGACGGCUGUUUAAAAAAGUCCAUGGCUUUCUGUUGGAUAAUGUUAUUUCGGUGAUUUGGUUUUUCGUCAACAUCGUUAGCAAAACAUCGCGAAAUAUCGUUGUAGUGUAUGGAAAAUCUUUUAUUUAGCGCGUGACAAACCGUAAAUGGCUUGCACGACCAUAUAAGAUAAUUACCCCAUCCGUAUUGUUCAGUCAUGGAGGAGAAGAUAGAGAGUGAAAACAGUUACAGUAGUGAGAGUACAAGUAGCAGUUCAUCUGGUAGUUCUAGUGCAAGUUCAGAGUAUGAUGAGGAGGUCACAGAACCAGUGCGCAUUCUGGGGCAAACCUUGGAACUUCCACAAGGACUUUGUGAAGAUUAUUCAAUUUUCAAGGAGUUCUUUUCCAUGAAAACUUGGGACAGCUUAGAAGACAAACACAAGGAGUAUCUCAAAGAGUUACUUCCAACAUUUCCUGAAAAUGACGAAGAAAAGAAAGAGACCACAAUCAAAAUGUUGUUUAACUUUGAACCACUUCAUUUCAAAUCUCCAAUGAAUCAGUUCUUUACUAAUUUGAGGCAAGGGAAUUACAGACCAGAUAUUGCUAGAAUGAGGAAGUUUUUGACAAAAGCCAGAGCUAAACAGCAAAGGCAUAAGACAAAGUCAUAUUAUGCAAAAAUGUUACCAGAGGUGCUUAUCUCUAGAGAGAGACUGCUAGCUACAGCUAAAGCGGCACCCCCUGGACCAGUACCAUUCAUUCCAGUUAUGGCCCCAAAGCCUUCUAGUAAGAACAACUAUAAGCCUCUAUAUGUUAGAGCGAGACAAAGGUACUUUGAAGAGUUGUCUGCCAUUUGGAGUGAGGUGGGCGGGGUUGAAUCUGAGGAUGAAAACUAUCCCGAAGGACCACCCGAGAAUACAUUUAAAAAAAGAAAAACUAUGCACCCUGGACAGAUUGGAGAUGCAAAUGUGUCUGGAACACUUGGCAUGGCUGAUGCUCCACACCCUGCCUCUUUGGACUGCUUGAAGAAUGUUCUGGCCACUCAUAGAGCAAGGCGACAGUAUAGAGAGAAUCACCCAGAACUCAACACCACAGGUAUUACAUUAGAUGACAUAAAACAGAGAGUGACAUUAUUGAACGGAGCUAAGAAGCUUAUGUUUGGUGGUCAGAAAUCUGAGGCUCCUAUACAAAAGCUAAAAAAAGGUGCUAGAAAGGAUACAUCUAAACAGAAGCAGGAUGGUAGGCCACCUAUUAAAAAAAUCAAGGAAGAACAGGAUAGCGUAGAAAACAAACCACUUUUGCCCAAUAUAAAGAUAAAAUGUGAAAAAGAAGAUUCAGAUUCAGAAAGCUCAACAUUUUUAGACCCUGUGACUAGCCCGAAACACAAUAAAAAGUUAAUGGAUAUGGAUAUUAAACAAGAAGUACCUGAUACAAGGUAUUCAAACACAAACUGUUAUGAAAAUGAUGUGGAGAGAGUAAUAAAACAAGAGCCACAGGAUCCUGUGUUUUCAAUACAAAACUCUUCACGAAUAUGCCAACCAGUGCCCAUCAAAUUGGAAGAUUUGGAUGGAAUAGAUAUGAUGGCGCUACCAGUAGAGUUGGCAGAUGACUCUGGUGAAGUGGUUCCAGUGGACACGUCGACUGAGACUGAAGAAAAUCACCUGGAGACAGACGAGGCGCUGACUGAGACAACACACGCAAACUUCCUGUCUCUCGUGCGGGCUUUGUUCCCCGCGCGCACGGCGCACCGCGCGUCCAAGCACCAGCUGCACGCGAGGUGUGCCGCGGUCAUGAAAUCUCCGAUCGCGCCACUCAACACUUGGUAUAAUUUGUCAGAUGAUUGGUGCGGAGAGUUGAAUUCGGCGCUAGAUUUCCUUGCCGGCGAGAGAGGACCUCACCCUGAUGAUUUUGUUCCAUAUCUCCAGUUUAUGUCCGAAACACAGAUGUAUCAAUGGAUCGGCGCAGGGCGGGACUGCGACGCGAUAUUGGGCAGACUGUGCGAGCGCUGGCUCCGCGCGGUGUCGCCGCCGCCGCUGGCCAGCGAGCCUCCACCGCCCAGGUAUCCAACGUCAUGGAUAGUGAGACAGCCGACAACUGCAGAAAUAACCGAUUUCAGAACGCAGGAGCGCAAGAGAUUCGCCUCUGCUUCCAAGCCAUUCACUUACAUGCAAUAUGGUUACCGGUCCGUGGUGGGUCCGGCGACGGGGCAGCGCGCGGGCGCGGGCGCGGCGGGCGGCGCGGGCGCGGCGCUGCUCACGCAGCAGCGUCCGCGCGCGGCGGCCUUCCUGGCGCUGCUGCGCGACGCGCUCGCCAGGAUGCCCAACGGCGAGGGUACGAGACGGGACAUCGUCACUUUGCUCAAGAUGUCCCAAUGGAUAGUACCGUGCAGUGAGCAAGCGUUGUCAGUGGCGGUCGCCAGCGCACUGGAGCGGCUGGUGGCGGUCAAGAGGGACCCCAUCGUGAAGUACGACCAACGUACGGCUAUGUGGACUUAUCUGCAUAGACACAAGAGCGAAGAAGAUUGGGCGAAAAAUACGACGGCUCGUGGAAGGGCUAACAAAGCUAUAGCAGCGGCUCCUCAAGUUAGUUCCCCACCGACUCCUAUGGAAGUAGAUGGACCCAGUAUAGAAGAAGUGCACGAAAAUGCGUCGGAUAGUGACGUAGACGUGGAUGACUCCGGAGCCCCGCCCGCCGCGCCGCACCUCUCCUCCGCACAAUUGCUCAUGCAGGCUACACAAGCCACACCUAAACAGACUCCGGCGAACAAACAGAAGGGCAAACUCGCACCAACAACCCCUAAAGUUAAAACGAUAACCCCUAAACAAAACGCCAAAACGCCCUCCUUAGUUCAAACAAAACAAACCCCAAAACAAGCCAAUGCAACACCAAAAACAAACCAAACAAACGCAUCACCCAAACAAUCUAACCAAACACCAAAACAAUCAAACACUACACCGAAAACAACCCCGAAACAAACAGCUCAAACAAAUCAAAAACAAUCCGCUCAAACAAAUCAAAAACAACCAACCUUAUUAAGUCCAGCUAAAUCAUUGCCCAAUUUAACUAAACAAAGCACUCCGAAGCAAACAGCCGCACAGAAGCAAACAGUAAAACAAAGUGCGGCGUCGCCGAAGCAGAAGCAGAUAGUCGUGCAAACUGUGAAGCAAAAUGUUACAAUGACGAAGCAGAAUAGUGAGCCGAUGUUACAAGCGCCGUCCACUAUGCCGUCUAUUGUUGUUACUCCUCAACGUUCGCCUUUGACGAAGCAAAAGUCUUUGAAAAUCGAAACAUCACAAGUACCUGUAACGCUGAAUAUACCAGUACAACAAUCACCAUCAGUGCCUACUAUGGUAUCACCCAACGUGAAUAAUAUGGUUUCUCUCCAACAAAAUACCAUGAAUCAAUCUGCUAAGGUGGCUCAAGUGACGCGAUCUUUGCUGAUCAGGCCGCCGUCAGGUCAAACUGCAACUACCGCCCCCACAAUCACUGUGUGCACGCCAAUUACACAGGUAACUCCAAGUGCAAGGCGAGGGGUAGUCAGAGUUUUGAGUCCAGCGGCGCCAUCUUCCGGAAAAUCCCUUAUUUCGCCGCGUGCCCUUAUGCAACAGAGUACAGCACCCACUACUAAAAAACGUCCGUCCGUACCAGGUACAACCUCAGUCAUGACAGUAGCGCAGAGCACCACAAGCACGACAAAUGUGGUGUCGAGUAUACCAACGGCUGUGUCCUCGUCCGUUACGACGAGAACGGUACAGUUGGCUGGCGGUCGGACGGUCCAACUCGCUGCCAACCAAACAGUUCACUUGCCCAGUGGACAAGCUGUGCAAUUGUCUUCAGGACACACUUUGCAAUUAUCAUCACUACAGUUGCCCACCCAUAGUGUUCGGUUACCCAGCGGACAAACAGUACAACUUGCAUCACCGCAAACCAUGCAACAAGUGCGAGCCGUCUCCACAACCCAAGUCAGAAACCCGAGCCCGAGAAUGCAAACCUCUACAUCAACCAUCAAACCCAUCAACCAAUCGGUUCAAAUACCGGUCUCAACGGUCCAAUUGGCCGGGCAAACCGUCCAAAUCGCCGGCCAAUCCGUGCAAUUGACCGGCCAAAGUAUGCAAUUAACCGGUCACACGGUGAAAUUACCCAGCGGGCAAAGUGUUCAAGUGGCAAGUCAGAGUGUUCUACCGUCGCAGAGUGUUCAGCUGCCUAGUGGUCAAACAGUUCAGUUAGCGAGCGGGAACAUGCAAGGUGUUCAGUUGGGACAAAACGUUCAAUUAAGUGGUCAGACUGUGCAAAUGCCCAGUGGACAAAAUGUGCAAUUAGGGACGCAAACAGUUCAAAUUGGCGGUCAAACUGUCCAAUUAGCGGGAGGACAAACAGUUCAGUUGCCCAGUGGACAGACGCUGCAGUUAUCUAGUGGACAAACGGUUCAGUUGUCUAGUGGUCAGACAUUGCAGUUGGCGAGUGGACAGACGCUACAGCUAGCGAACCAACAGACGCCAAAGUCGAUAGCUCAAGUAGUUAGAACGCAGCCCCCAGGUGACAAGAAUUCGCAACCUAUUGUUGCGAAGUUGUUAACGAAUGCUCAGACGCAGAUGAUCUCGCUAGAGAGCAUGAUAGGAGGCGCGGGGGCGGCGGGGCGAGCUCGAGGCGUCCGCGUGUUGGCGCCCACGUCGCGUCUGGCCAGGCCCUUACUGCUCACCGCCGCCAAACCGCUACACAAUCUAAUAUUGCAGCAAAGCGACGGAUCCGCUAUUCGAGUUACUUCAGCCAGUGGGACGCCAACUUCGCAAACAAUAAUGCUAGGCAAUAUAGGAGCGCAAACGGUCACAACCUCCUCAACUACGGCGCCACUGCUAAAAUUACAACAGGUGAAUCCGAUACAUCAGGUUAAACUUCCGCAGGGAAUUAAAAUUCAGCAGGCGGCGACCAGCGCGUCAGGGGCGACGCCGACCGGGGUAAGGAGCGUCCUCAUGGACGGCCAGCAGUUGAAACUAGUUAGCGGCAGGCACGUCCUAGCGCGACUACUCAAACCGGCACAUCCGCCGCCUUAAGACUAGUUAAGUCGUUUUAUGAUUUGUUUACUUUCAGGUAUAAGGUAAAACCAUUGAAUUAAAUUAGUACCUAUAGAAGGGCUAUUUCAAACAAAACGGCCCGGUCUCCACCUGAGCGGAGCGGAGAGGAGAUGGGUACAGCCAACCAAUCAGAUUUUUAAAAGAUGACGUGAUAUUUUUUUGCGUCAUCUAUUAUGAAUCUGAAUGGUCGACUGAAUACAUCUCCUCUCCUCUCCGAUUAGGUGAAGACCGGCCCUAACCCUUCCUUUUGGCUUUGCUGUAGUUGGGUAAAAAUUGUGUCCUAUGAAACUGUCAAAAUUGGUAUGACACUCGACAUAUUGUAAGCAACAACGAGUUGCAAUCUACAAAUAUUUAAUGAACUAACCCCAUCCUUAUAGUUAAUAGAAUUAUUGUAACAUCAAGUAGUUAAAAUAAUGAUGAUAAUUAUUUUUAUUUUAAUGAACAAAAGCCAUAGGAAAUUUUCACAUUUUAAGUUUUUGUGUAUUUUCAUUCAUAUACAAUAUUAUACACUAAUUAUAUGGAUUGUAAAAUAUAGUUCUGAUUAUAAAUUAUUAUUACUAGUCUGUCUAGUAAAUGCUGAUAGUGGGAAAGAGCGGUUAAUCGCUUAUCCUAGGAAUAAACUUAUUUGAUUCUUUAUAUUUUUUUAAUAUCUACGAAUACUAACAGCAUAACGUAACUCUAUACAUUUAUCCUUUUUAGGGUUCCAUACCUCAAAUAGAAAAAGGAACCCUUAUAGGAUCACUUCCUUGUCUGUCUGUAUGUCAAUUUGGGGAAAUAAAAACAAAACGGAGUAAUUGGAAAUCGUGAAUUUGUGGUUGCAAUACAAAAAAUAAAGAAUAAUCCCGCAAAUAAUUAGUUUACUAAUAAAUCACAUCAAGAUGGCGCUGGCCGUCAUUAACUUGCUUAGUAUAUGCACUUGUUUGAAAUUUAUUGCACGAUGGUGCGGAACUCUUCGCGUGCGAGUCCGACUCGCACUUGAUUGGUUUUUCUGUUAUGCUGAUUCACCUUGCAGAAAACAAGAUUUUAAAUUGUACUACAUCAGUCACAAUAUUUUUUUGAAUAAAAUUUGUUUAUGGAAUAAAUUAUAAUGUAAAGAAUUAAAUAAAUCUAGUAUCAAAACCAGAUUUUUCUAAAAACUCACUAUCAGCUUUUGUUAGACAGAUUCGAUAAAAAUACAGUUCUACCAUAACCAUUAUUUUUUUCUUUUCUUUUUAAAUCUUUUAAUCACUAUGUGACUAUAGUGCGUUUCAUCGAAUAGUACCUAUGGCG